CCAGCAUCAUACAUAUUUCGUGUAUCAUAUUACGUUCCUUCAUGUACUAACUCGAUAAAAACAACACUUAAAGUUCGAUGUUAUGAAACAUAUGUUAUGGUUAUCUGUAGACAGAUAGCAUGCUAGCUAGAUAACAUGAAAUCCUACCACCACAAACCACAAUAACGUACGGAACGUCAAGAGGGACAAUCCAAUGUCUUUAUCCGGAUGUAGCUAGCUUCACGUUGCUAAAAGAGUUAGCUCAAAGCUAGCUGUCCUGUCGGCCCUCGGUGACUAGAUGUGAAUUCAGCGAUUCAUACGCAGGUCACCUGGACUAUGAGAAUGGGCGUGAAGGACCGCCCUCAGUGUUACUUUGAUGUGGAGCUCAAUCGGGAGCCAGUCGGGCGUAUUGUCUUUCAACUUUUUUCCGACGUUUGUCCCAAGACCAGCAAGAACUUCCUCUGUUUGUGCACUGGUGAAAAGGGAAUGGGCAAAGUGGCAGGGAAAAAGCUGUGCUACAAAGGCUCCACCUUUCACAGAGUUGUAAAGAACUUUAUGAUCCAGGGAGGCGACUUCACUGAAGGAAAUGGAAGAGGAGGAGAGUCCAUAUAUGGAGGCUACUUUGAAGAUGAGAAUUUCACUCUCAAACACGACCGGGCCUUCCUGUUGUCCAUGGCCAAUCGCGGGAAAGACACCAACGGUUCACAGUUUUUCAUCACAACCAAGAUGGCGCCUCACCUUGACGGAGUGCACGUCGUCUUCGGUCUCGUCAUCUCCGGUUUUGAGGUGAUCAAGAAGAUCGAGGGACUGAAGACGGACUCGGCGAGCCGACCGUACGCGGACGUGAGAGUGGUGGACUGUGGACAGCUGAUUACCAAGUCGGCUAACGACAUUCUCGAAGGCAAGAGGAUAAGAGCGUCUCAUUCUGCUGACUCUUCCCUCAAUUCUGAGGACGCUUCAUCUCAGAGAUCCUCCUCAGUGGAGUCUGAUAGUGAAAAGCCCAGACACCCCAAACACAAGAGACAUGGCAAAAGUAAACGCUCCAAAAAGAGGAGAAAGAGGGAGAAGAAUGUUGAUGUCGUGGAAUCCUCCAAACAAAGCUCCCACGAGCCUUCAGAAGAAGACAUGGAAGACGCUGAUGUGGACGGAGAGAAGGACCAAGGCGGGAAGAGAGAGAAGCUGGUGGUUCGACCAGAGGAGAUCCCUCCUGUGCCUGAGAACCACUUCCUGCUGCGACGGGAUAUGCCAGUCCAGGAGAGCAAAGCAGAGAUCGUUGAGCAACAAGAAGUGUGCGUUCCUGCUGAACAGAAGCCGGCAGUCUCCAAGUCUGGACGCAAGAUCAGAGGCAGAGGAACAAUCAGGUACCACACUCCCACCAGGUCUAAAUCUCGGUCCGCUUCAGUGGGAGAGCGUGGCAGCAGUGAAACUCCGCCCCACUGGAAAGAGGAGAUGAUGCGAACAAAAUCCUAUCAGCCCCCCAGUGUGGAGCGAUGGAGCAGAGGGGACCGGUAUGACUCCAUAUUUUGCUUUUUGUCUACUCAACACACAAGUGACUGUUCCUCACACAGAUGGGACAACAGAAGCGACUCUGUGUGGUCCAGGUCCUCUGAGCGCUCGUCAGACCGCAGUUCUGAGAGGUCCAGCCCACCGCGCCAACAUAAGAAAGAGAGGAAAAAAGGCAAACGCAAGAAGAAGGCCAAAAAACAUAAACAUAGCAAGAAGAAGAGUUCCAAGAGCAAACCUUCAGAGGCGGGAACAUCAGAGGCGGAAAGGUGGCCAUCUUCAAGAAGGUCCAAAUUCAGAAACUCCCACUCGCCAUCCCGUUCCUCGUCAAGUCAGUGUAACGCCAGACGGCGGUCCUCUGUGUCCCGAUCCUACUCCAGAUCCCGCAUAUCCAGUCGAUCGAGAUCCCGGGCGAGGUCUUAUUCAAGAUCCAGGUCUUAUUCAAGAUCCAGGAGCCCGUCUCCAUCUAGAAGUCGUUCUCAGACUCGAUCCAGAUCACGGUCUUAUUCACGACCAAGGUCCAGAUCAAGGUCCAGACACAGGUCCAGGUCGUUGAGUCCAAACAGGAGGAGGAGUUUGUCCAGAUCUCCAAGAAAGCGGAACUCCAGCAAGUCCAAAUCAGACACCACGCUGGGGAAGCUUCCCGAGGGCAAAGUCACAGAGUCCUCAAGACUACCAACUGUCCUGGCUCCAGAAAGUGUCCCUGUCAUCCCCAUGAGCGACAGUCCUCCUCCCUCCCGCUGGAAACCCGGUCAAAAGCCCUGGAAACCCUCCUACAUCCCAACCCAUGAAAGCAAAGCCCAAAUAUCUUCACAGAACACUUCCUCCACGGGUCAAACCGUUGACGCCAAAGCUCCUGGUUCAGUUCAGGACAAACGUCUGACGGUGGACGCAGAAGACGAAAAAGCACACAAACCCACACAGGGGUCGCCUAGCCGGUCCUCUAGAAGCCAGAAGUCCCGCAGCCGUUCAUACGGUCGCUCAAGAAGCAGGACUUCCAGCAAGUCCAGGUCCAGGUCCCAACACAGCAGGUCUUCGUCAAACAGCGGAUCAGACUCUGAACGCUCUCACGAGACGAGGAGCAGCAAGAACAAACCGUCUAUUGACAAGGAGUGGAAAAAGUAUUACAGUUCUCUGAAGAGGAUAAAGAAUAUAGACCAAUACAUUUUACUUGCUCAAGAUAAGGAGCCAAGUCCUGUUAACGCCAUCUCCAAGGGAAGUCUGCAGGAACAUGCAAAGAACUGCAGCUCUGCACCGGUGGACGGCUUUCGUAACAAGUCUGGAUGGGACAGUGAUAGUGAUAAAGUCAGCCUAAGUAACUGUGGUAGUUUGUCCAAAAAUCAGAACCAAGCAUCCAGCGGGAUCCAUGAUAAGAAGACUUCAGGCCUGACUGGGUGGAAUUCCGAUAGUGAUCCUGAAACCCUAACCACCAGGGUACUGGCCCUGUCAGAAAAAGAGGAAGGUGAGGCCAGCUCUGAAUCUGAAUGGGAAACUUUAAGAAAGACCUCUGAGGCGGUGGCAGAGGCUCUGCUUCCUGCUGCCUCUGAUCAGUCAGAAGUCAGUCCACAGAAAACUGCCGAGCCCGAGAAGCACAGGAGCAGGAGGAAGUCCAAACGGAAGCACAAACAUAAGACCAGGGAGACCAAGACAGGUGCCCACCAUCCAAAGGACAAGAGCAAGAGAUCCAAGAAGAAACGGCAGAAGCUCAAGGAGAUAUUUCACUGGCAGCCGCCUUUAGAGUUUGGAGAGGAGGAGGAUGAAGAUGAAUCGAAGCGAGAGAGAUGCAGCCCGGCCAGAGCUGCCAAUGAAGACACCAACGUGGACUCAAGGAACGUCAAAGAGGAGCAUGUGAGCUCUCUCUACAGGAAUCCAAGCAGAGAAGAAAACAGGGGGCAGCUGAGGGUGAAAGAACAUAACAGAAACUCCAAACUAUCUGAACCUCUUCAUCAGGCGUCCAACAGGAAUAGUUCUAACACAAGCAGCGCCAAAGAGCACCACUUUAUGGAGGAUAUGGACAUUUGUACUCCGGAACAUGAAACCAUCAUUGAAGCUUCAGCCAUACCUAAAUCCUUCAGUAAAACCCCCGAAAUAACCCUAAAAACUACCUCCCAUUUGUCCGCCAAAGCCAAUAAAGUUGCCCUCCAUCAUCAGCUGCAAAGCCUAGAACAAUCUACCGUCACCACAUCAACAGCUGAUGGGAUCAAAGCUGAAGCGGAGCCGGACAAGCCCCCCAGCACCGUCAUUAACUUCAAAUGGAGGCCUUUGAAAGGAAUGUCUUCUCUGCAGAACGUCAGCACGGCGCUGCUUACAGCCAAAAACAUGCAAGUGCAACAGAACCCCGCGUCCUGUGCACAGGGAGUGAGAAUGGAGAUCAAGAGCACCAGCCGGGUCAGACCUGGAUCGCUUUUCGACGAGGUCCGCAAGACGGUGCGACUCAACCGGAGGCCGAGGAACCAGGAGAGCUCCAGUGAGGAAAGCUCCCCUUCCGCGGGAGUAACCAGGGAUAAAUCCCCGAGGAAGCGGCGGUCCCACUCUGCCUCCAGCCAGCGCUCGCGCACCAGAGACUGGUCACACUCCUACAGCAGGUCCAGGAGUCGAUCGCGAAGCUCCAGCUCCCGCUCCAGGGAUCGCAGCGGGAGUCGAAGGAGACGCGGCAGGGGGCGCUCACGCAGCAGCACAUACAGAAGCUACCGAAGUCACAGUCGGACGUACAGUCGAAGUCACUCCAGGAGUCGCUCCUAUAAUCACCGCAGCAGGAGAUCCAGGUCUGACUCCUCAGACAGCUAUUCCAGUCGUAGCCGCAGUGUGAGCAGGAGACGCGGUCGCCACCGGAGCGACAGCUACAGGAGUUGGGACCGCAGAUCUCGGUCCUCACGCUCCUCCACUCGCAGUUCUUCACGCUACCGAAGUCGCAGUCGCAGCAGUCGAUACACCUGAGACAUGUCGCCGUCGUCAGUUGGACUCUCUCCCUUUCUGUUACAGGCCAGUUAUCAAAGCUCCACAAGAGGAAAGCAGGCCAAGAUUAUUCUGUAAUGCAUGUUCAUACAUGAUACAUCCUGGCAAAUGAAUGUCAUGUCGAAGAAUGUACUGUACAUAAAUGACCAGCUAGAUAAAGGCUGCUCCAAACAUUUCAUGGACACAUUUUCUGUGUGUUACAAUUAGGAGAGGAUGCUCAUAACGUAAACAACGUGGGUUUUUUUUCCUGUAUAUCUGUAUUUCUUUGUUCUGUUUGACCAAACUGGAUCAAGAGCAACAAAACACUGUUAUGUUUUUGUUACCGCUGGCAGUUAUUUUAUGGUUUUGUGUUAGAUUACUGUACCAUGAAUGUUUAAACUGUACUCAUUUCUUUGGCUAUGAGUGAUGAUGUCCAAUAAAAACCUCAACUCAUCCU